GCCAACCAAAUCGCAAUGUAAUGAUUGGCCGUAAGCAGUCGUAUCAUGGCAUAUCCCUCGGUGCCCUGGCUGUUGGAGGUCACAAGGCGCGCCGCGAUCCUUUCCGAGACAAUCUCAUGGAAGUCAGGCACGCAAUGCCGUGCGACUCGUACCGUGGCCAGGGCCAAGACGAGAGUGACGAAGGCUAUGUAACUCGUCUCAUCGAUGACAUGGAAGCUCAAAUUCGGAACGCUGGGGAGGAUCGCGUUGCUGGUGUUAUUAUCGAGCCCAUCGUAGGUGCGGCACUCGGUUGCAUGCCACCUGUUUCUGGCUACUUGCAAGCCGUGCGGGAUCUCUGCGACAGAUAUGACCUUCUUCUGAUUUUCGAUGAGAUCAUGUGUGGGAUGGGUAGGUCAGGUACAUACUACCAUGCUUGGCAACACGAAAAUGUAGCGCCCGAUAUCCUGCUUACAGGAAAGGGGAUGGCGGCAGGCCACUUUCCGAUAUCUGGUAUGCUCAUCAACAGAGAGAUAUACCAUGUCAUGGAAUCCGUUGGUGGCUUCAACCACGGCCAAACAUUUGAAAAUUAUCCUCUGGCUUGCGCCGCAGCCCUUGCAGUGCUCAAUAUUAUCGACGAGCAAAAAUUGCUCAAGAACACAAGUGAAAUGGGGGAACUGCUAAUGAAGAGGCUCAAAGCCGAGAUCCUGCCUCUGCCUCACGUCGGACAUGUUCGUGGAGGAGGUUUGUUUUUGGGAUUGGAAUUUGUCAAAGACAAACUUCUCAAAGAAUCAUUUGGUGCGGCUGACGAAAUCUCUUUGAGCAUUGCUCGACUGGGACUUGAUGAGUUCAAUAUCCAGUUCUACCCCUGCGGCCGCUCCAAUGGCAAGGACGGCGAUUAUCUCAUCAUUGCUCCGGCGUUCAAUAUCGACGAAGAUCACGUUGAGAUAAUCGUGUCACGUUUGAAAGCGCUCCUUACAGCCUUCUUCAGCGACUUCAAAGCCAUACGUUAG